AUGAAGAAUCGUUUAGAAGAAAUGUUAAAAAGUAUUGAAACAUCACAAAUUAAAAAAUUUCUAAAAAAAACAUUCAUGAAAUAUAAUAAUAGUCAUAAUAAUAAUAAUAAUAAUAAUCAUAAUCAUUAUAAUGAAGAUCCUCUGAGUAAUUUGGAAAAUAUCAAUAGGUCAAAUUUACUACAUGCUUAUUAUCGAUAUAUAUGGAAUAGUAAUUUUUCAUCUCCGAUAGAAAGAAAUUUACACAGUGGAGCAAACGUAAUUGAUCUUGGAUGCGGUUCUGGAAUUUGGCUCACAGAACUUUCUUCAGAAUAUUCAAACAGCAAUUUUAUCGGAAUUGAUAAUAAUGAAAUCUUUCCGAUUGAAAAAGUUUCAAAAAAUUUGAAAUUUGUUAAACAUAAUAUUCUUAAUGGUAUUCCUUUUGAAGAUAAUACCUUUGAUUUUAUUCACGUAAGAUUUAUGAUCAAAUGUUUUAGUGAAACUGAAUGGAAGACGCUCAUUCUUCCAGAAAUAUUUAGAAUUUGUAAGCCCGGUGGUUGGAUAGAAAUCAUGGAUUCGGAUACAAAUCUUUAUAAUGCUGGUCCUAAAACGGAAGGUUACAAUCGAAAGAUCAAUAGCAUGUUCGGUCUCAGCAAAUUUGAUAUGGAUCAAUUACAAGAUAUAAUGAAUAUUUAUCAAGAUCUUGGAAUUACUAUUAUGAAAGAAAAAAUAAAUGCUUGGUAUCCAUUUAAAUCUCAAAAUUCUGAUAAACCUUUCGAAAUGACGUCGGAAAUUUUAAAAUCAUUAUAUCCAUUAAUGUCAAAGGUAUUAAAUUUAAAUCAAGAAAAUUACGCAAAAUUAUCAAAACAAAUUCUUGAAGAAAUUACCAAAAAUAAAACUUAUGGUAAAACAUAUAGGAUCAUAACUCAAAAGCAUUUGUAAAUAAUUUAUAUCUGUACGUAGUAAUUUAUUAUUUAAUAACAAAUAUACAAUAUUCAUUUU